UGCCCCAGCCACUGAAUGUUUCUUGCUCUCCUCUCCGCCUCAGGUCCCGUAAGCAGUGUUUUGGUGAAUAGGUACGGGAGCCGGCCGGUGGUGAUCACAGGAGGUCUGCUGUGCUGUUUGGGGAUGGUCUCCGCCUCUUUUAGCACCAACGUGGUAGAGCUCUACCUCACCGUGGGAUUCAUCGGAGGUAUAGGUCUAGCCUUCAACCUGCAGCCAGCUUUAACAAUCAUCGGCAAAUACUUCUAUAAGAAACGACCCAUGGCGAAUGGACUUGCCAUGGCAGGAAGUCCUGUUUUCUUAAGUACCUUGGCUCCUUUCAAUCAGUACCUUUUUAAUACUUUUGGCUGGAAAGGAAGCUUCUUGAUUUUGGGAGGUAUAUUGUUGAACUCCUGUGUGGCUGGGUCCCUCAUGAGACCCGUUGGACCCAAACAAACUAACAAGGCUAAAAAUAAGAUUGGCAUAAAAGCAGAUGAAGCAGAGGCUAAGAAAAGCCAUAAGAAGUCACUAAGCGAAAAAAUUAAUAAGUAUUUAGACUUCUCUCUUUUUAAGCAUAGAGGAUUUCUGAUAUAUUUAUCUGGAAAUGUCAUUAUGUUCCUAGGGUUUUUUGCUCCCAUUAUAUUCUUGGCUCCGUAUGCUAAAGACAAGGGGAUUGAUGAGUAUUCUGCAGCGUUCUUGCUGUCUAUUAUGGCUUUUGUUGAUAUGUUUGCUAGGCCUUCUGUAGGAUUAAUAGCAAACUCCAGAUUUAUCCGACCCCGAAUCCAGUACUUCUUCAGUUUUGCGAUCAUGUUCACUGGAGUAUGUCAUCUCUUGUGCCCACUGGCAGAGGACUACACAAGCCUGGUGUUAUACGCUAUAUUUUUUGGCCUUGGAUUUGGGAGUGUUAGCAGUGUCCUCUUUGAAACUCUCAUGGACCUUGUUGGUGCUCAAAGGUUUUCCAGUGCCGUGGGACUUGUCACAAUUGUGGAGUGUUGCCCGGUUCUUCUUGGCCCUCCUCUUGCCGGUAAAUUGGUGGAUGAAACUGGACAAUAUAAAUACAUGUACAUAGCCUGUGGCGCCAUUGUGUUCCUAUCCAGUGUGUGGCUGCUCAUUGGUAACGCUAUAAACUAUCGAUUGCUUGCAAAGGAAAAGAAGUUGGCAGAAGCAGAGAAGAAGAUACAUAAGCCUGAGUCCACAGAAUCUGAACCCUUGAGCAAACCUAACCAUUCCGAUGUUAAUGUCCAAAGCGCGAGAACAGAGGAUCAUCCCUCAGAAAGAGAAACGAAUAUUUAACAAGAACCGCAUUUCUGAUUUCAGUGUUUAUGACUCUCCUAGGAGUAUUUCUUUUUUUCAAAAUAUUGGAAAGGUUUUUAAGUGAAAUUUGGAGUCAUAAUUAAGGAUGGAGAUGAGAUUUUCCUCAAUGGCAAAUUUCAAAUGUUUGUGUUUUUUAAAACUUAUUUGGGCAGUUAACUGUUGAGAUGAUGCAUGCAAAGCAUCCACGCAAUGGAUUUAUUUCCAUACAUGACUCUGGUUGUGGUGGUUAAAAUAAUUUUAAAGUCUUCCAGUGAUUUCCAGUCUUGGUUAUGGGGACUGAAUCCCAAAUGCCUGGUUUAAGUAGUUAGAAGGAGUGUGUUUAAUCGUGUAGGAAUAUCCUUUCCACAUUUCAUUUGAUAUUAAAGUAUGAAAUGGAAUUGAGGGAAAAUGAAUUUUCGCCUCAUGCACCCACCCACCCACAUGCACACAGUCUCACAAACUUACGCACAUGCACACAGAGUAUCUGGAGAACAAAAGUUCCAAAAAAUAUUAUCACCCUACUUUUUUUUUUUUACUUAAAAAAACAUCCAUGGGAAAAAAAGAAAUGUAUUAUAUCUGCCUUCUAUUUUACAGCGUGGAUUUUAAAGAUAAGAACAUGGGUGAAAAUGAGGGUGACCUUAAUUUGAAAAUGCAACUAACUGCUGUAAAAAAAAGUGUUUGCAUUUAUAAAAUAAAUUUUAAAAGAACACUCCAUUUUAUACCAUUAUUUGAUUUGAUUCAUCCGUGUACAUGAUUUCUUUGAGAGCGGCCAUCAGUACCUGGUGCUAGAGAAUAGAACUCUCAAAUAAUUUUCAAAAUUCUGACCUAAUAUGUAAAUCAAAUUAGAAGCCUAAACAACUGCUAGCAGUGGGCUAUGUCCAUAGAUUUUAAAAAGAUUUUAGUUAGUAAUCCAGAAAGUCAUAACCAAGGACUUCUUUUAACCAGAACUCAAUCCAGACUCACUGUCCUACCGAGACAUCAAAGUCGAGUCCAACGGAAUCCUGGUUGACAGGUGUAUAAAUUGGCCGCAUUCUGAUUUCUCCCAGCACACAGCCAUGAUUGCAGGGUUACUGCUAAGCGUAAUCCAUUUGAAUAAACUACAAAUGGGAGGUGCUUAUAAUGAGACCUCCAAACUCUCUCCUUCCCUCCCUUCCCCAAAAAGCAAAAGCAAAAAACAGAAACCCAAACAGGCUUUUUACUCAGCCGCUGGAAAUGACUCAUAUUAUAGGAAUGGCAGCCCUUGAAAAUUUCGCCCUGUACUGAUUAGACUUCCUACUGCCUGUGAACAAAACUAAACCAAGAGAGUGUUGAAGAGGCUUCUAGAAUUGGAGGCUGUGUGUGACUUGGUAUACCCUUGUGAAGUGCAUGUACAGUUUAUAACACGAUAGCAGGAAGCUGGCCAUACUGCAGCCCAGGUUAACUUAGCAGUUUCUCAUUUUCAUAACUGUGAAAAGAUCUGGGAAUCUGAAUCACUCGCGUACAGAGACAUAUGAUAGCUCUGUGCAAUCAGAACUAUAAAUACCUCUUCGAGUGAUAAAGUACUUUUAAACAAGAAAGAAGAUGUGCGUUAUGGUUAAAGUUAUAAAUAUUUACAUCUAUAGAUCUGAAGUUUAAAUUAAGUUCGUGAUUAACAGAAAGCAUUUUGUACUUGAUGAUUGACGUGAUGUCACUCUUAAACUGUCAAAAGGAAUUUGCCCUGCAUUUUUUUUUUUUAUUGCAGUAGAAGCAGAUGCUCUUCUUCUUUCCUGUAAGUUUGCACCUGGAUACCAAGCUUUUGUGACAGUUAACAUUGAGGAUUUGAUUUGUAAAAUGUGUGCAUUGUUUAAGCAUAUGGCUCAUAGUUAGUAAGCUAUAUAAAAUUCCAUAUUUCAUUUAACAUUCGCUUUUUGCAUAUGAAGAGGUAUUUAUAUUUUUCAAAUAUAAGUAAAACGAUAUGUGCCAAUACCAUUGGUAAAUAAAUCAGGGAAGAUGUGGCAGUAUGUGGCUGUUUUUAAUUUAGUUUCACCCAAUCUUGAGUCUUGACUGAGCUACUUUUAUAUUAUUAGCACUUUUGUAUUCAACUCUGACUCGCCAUAAGAAAUGCGACAUCAUAAAUUGUGUAGUAGCUCUCCAAUCCUAAACAUUUCCAAAAAAAGUGUCUUGAAUUCUCUAAAGAUAUAUAUUUAAGCUAAUAUAGAUAUCAGACCCCCGGGGGAAAUAAACAGCAAAGUAAGGAGGGAGGGGUUUUAGGCCUAAGGCUGUAUAGUCCCUUAAUCACCUGCUGGUGAGACAGGCUGGUGGUGCCUUCCAGGGGCUCUCUCCAUGAAAGGAGGUUUAUUGACUUACCGAUGAGUUUCUUGUUAAGUCAAAACCAAUUUCUAUUUGUUCUAUUGUACUUUGGUCACCUGCAUCAACUUUGCAUUUCUAAUCCUGAUUCUAUUAAAUUGUUAAAAAAGA